ACGAGUUCAAAGCUCAACUAGAAGAGACCCCCCAACUCAUGCGGACACGGAGCGAUGUGGGCGUGCGCCGCAGAGGGAACCUUCGCACCCCCAGUGAACAGCGGAGGAUCAAGCGCCACCGUUUCUCCAUCAACGGGCAUUUCUACAAUCACAAAACGUCCGUCUUCACCCCAGCCUAUGGCUCCGUCACGAACGUCCGCAUCAACAGCACCAUGACUACACCACAAGUUCUGAAGCUGCUGCUCAACAAAUUUAAGAUUGAAAACUCGGCGGAAGAAUUUGCUCUGUACAUUGUACACACCAGUGGAGAAAAGCAGAAACUCAAGGCCACAGAUUACCCGCUGAUUGCCCGGAUUCUGCAGGGACCGUGUGAACAGGUUUCCAAGGUUUUUUUGAUGGAGAAGGACCAGGUGGAAGAAGUCACGUACGAUGUUGCUCAGUAUAUUAAAUUUGAAAUGCCAGUUCUAAAGAGCUUUAUCCAAAAACUUGAAGAGGAGGAAGACCGGGAAGUGAAAAAAUUAAAGCACAAGUAUUCGGUGCUACGUGUAAUGAUCGAGCAGCGGUUGGAAGAAAUCUCUGAUGGUCCCGCAAUGAUGUAGACGCUUGAUUUGAAAGACUGAGGCCUUCUGGGCCCCCAGCCAGGCACCCUGGAAACAGAAUCCUUCCCUCGCUCUUAGGAACCAGGUCGUCUCUUCUUCCAAGGAAAGGGACUAGAAUGAGAGCCACUUUGAGCACCAACCACCUUCGCUCCUUCUCCCUUUGACAACGAUGAACUCGGUGGAGAAUCUGGGAAGACGCUGGGGAGGAAACCUCUCAGCACCAAGUGUUUGAAAGCAGGUCUUCUCCACGUCUUUUGGAGCUGAUGCUGGAACUGGAUGAUUGUCCUUUGGAACCAGGCCUGCUGGAUGAGAAGCCUCCAGAAGCCAUCCAGAAGUUUCUUCCACAGAGCAGCUCUUUCCUUCUCGAGCCCUUUUAAACAAUUAUCCAGAGAAGAUGGGAGAAGAUGGCUGUGGUAGGGCGGGGAUAAAAGAGAUGCUUAAUGGAAAACUAGGUCUUCCCUUCAUUUGACUUCCUUAACUUAGCAGUAGUCACUAUGGACCUUUUGUGGAGUCAGAGCCCUAAAAUGCUUUGCAUUCUUCACCUUGUCCAUCUCUCCCCAUCCAACCAUCCACAUCUGGCCUUGGUGGUCAUCUCCCUCUCCCACCAUGCUCAUUGCCAUGUUUGUAAUGGCCAUGUUGGGUUUGGUACAACUCCUGGCCUUGACCUAGAAGACUUCUCAUGUCUUCUUCUGAACUGAAGCCUUUUUAUCCACCUUUCCUGCCUUGGUCCCCAAGUUCUCUAAAGGCACCUGAAGAGGUGAAGAGUUGCCUGCCCAACAUAGGAAAUCUUCUCAGUUUGUUUGGUUCAUCGGUCAAGAUUCCCCAGAUGGGCACAGGACAUAAGAGCCUCCAGAAAUCAAUCAUAGCAACAGCAAUAGACUUAUAUUCCGCUUCACGGUGCU